AUGUGUCUGGGGACAGAGAAACAGCAGCAGCCAGACGCAGGAACAGAGGAGAGCACUCUUAAAUUAAAAGACACUGGUCUUCAGGCCAAAAUGUUUAAAAUACGUAAAACCAAGGAGGAGGAGCCGACAGCCCCAGGCCAGGUGAGGAUAAAGAAAAAGUCCCGAGUGCCUGGGGUGAUGAUCACACAGUUUGUGGAGGAGCUCCCCUCAGGAAUGACCACGCCAGACUUCACCCGCAAACCCAUCGCUCUCACUCUGCAGGAAGGUGACUCUAAACUCAAGUCAACCACCAGCCACCGACCACCAAACACCAAACACCGACCACCUACCACCAACCACCUACCACCGACAACCAACCACCAAACACCAAGCACGAGCCACCGACCACCUACCACCGACAACCAACCACCAACCACCAACCACCUACCACCUACCACCUACCACCAACCACCUACCACCGACAACCAACCACCAACCACCAAACACCAAGCACGAGCCACCGACCACCUACCACCGACAACCAACCACCAACCACCUACCACCUACCACCAACCACCUACCACCGACAACCAACCACCAACCACCAACCACCUACCACCAACCACCUACCACCGACAACCAACCACCAACCACCAACCACCUACCACCAACCACCAAACACCAAGCACGAGCCACCGACCACCUACCACCGACAACCAACCACCAACCACCAACCACCUACCACCUACCACCUACCACCAACCACCUACCACCGACAACCAACCACCAACCACCAAACACCAAGCACGAGCCACCGACCACCUACCACCGACAACCAACCACCAACCACCUACCACCUACCACCAACCACCUACCACCGACAACCAACCACCAACCACCAACCACCUACCACCAACCACCUACCACCGACAACCAACCACCAACCACCAACCACCUACCACCAACCACCUACCACCGACAACCAACCACCAACCACCAAACACUAAGCACGAGCCACCGACCACCGACAACCAACCACCACCAACCACCAAGCACGAGCCACCAACCACCAACCACCAACCACCAAGCACGAGCCACCGACCACCUACCACCGACAACCAACCACCACCAAACACCAAGCACGAGCCACCGACCACCAACCACCAACCACCAAGCACGAGCCACCGAACAUCUACCACCAACAACCAACCACCAACCACCUACCACCGACAACCAACCACCAACCAUCAACCACCAAACACCAAGCACGAGCCACCAACCACCUACCACCGACCACCAAACACCAACCACCAAUCACCAAGCACGAGCCACCUACCGGCAACCACCGACCACCAACAGUCAACCACCACGAAAACACCGACCGCAACCCACCAACAGCCAACCACUAACCCCGACCACCAAUCACUGGCCACGACCACAAGCCAUGACCACCACCCACAAACCAACAGCCACCAACCACCGACCAUGAGCCAUCAGCCACGACCCUCACCCACCUCUGUCUCAAACACCAAGCACGAGCCACCGACCACCGACAACCAACCACCAACCACCUACCACCAACCACCUACCACCGACAACCAACCACCAACCACGAGCCACCGACCACCUACCACCGACAACCAACCACCAACCACCUACCACCAACCACCUACCACCGACAACCAACCACCAACCACCUACCACCGACAACCAACCACCAACCACCUACCACCUACCACCGACAACCAACCACCAACCACCUACCACCGACAACCAACCACCAACCACCAAACACCAAGCACGAGCCACCGACCACCUACCACCGACAACCAACCACCACCAACCACCAAGCACGAGCCACCGACCACCAACCACCUACCACCAAGCACGAGCCACCGACCACCGACAACCAACCACCACCAAACACCAAGCACGAGCCACCGACCACCAACCACCAACCACCAAGCACGAGCUACCGACCACCUACCACCGACAACCAACCACCAACCACCUACCACCGACCACCUACCACCGACAACCAACCACCAACCACCAACCACCAAACACCAAGCACGAGCCACCAACCACCUACCACCGACCACCAAACACCAACCACCAAUCACCAAUCACCAAGCACGAGCCACCUACCGGCAACCACCGACCACCAACAGUAAACCGGCCAUUUUCAGGGCCAUUGUUAUCGGCAACCCGACUCCCGAUGUGACCUGGGUGAGAAACAAUGGAGAAAUCACUGAGGACAAUUACAUUAUCACCUUUGACAAAAGUUCUGGUGAACAUCAACUACAGAUGCCAGCUUUGGUAUCAGACCAGGCGGAUACUUACAAGUGCUAUGCAAGAAAUGAGUACGGAACUGCUGUGGUCACGGCAACUCUGAAUGUCAUUGAAGUUGGUUAUAAGAAACAUAAAGCCCUUCAAGCCUCACGGACAGCAAUUCGGGAGUUACCUGAAGAUUUCAAAAAAGGCCUGAAAAAUGUGGAGUUUGACACUAAGGAAGAGGAAAAACCAGAGAUUGAUGAGAAAUUCUGGGAAUUGCUGAUGAGUGCAGAAAAGAAGGAUUAUGAGAAGAUUUGCAGCCAGUACGGAGUGACAGACUUCAGAGGUAUGCUGAAGAAACUUAAUGAAAAGAAGGAGGAGCGACAGAAAGACACAGAACGGGUGGUGGAAAGACUAUGCAACCUCAAGCCAGUCGAAUUGAGAGAUGACGGCAAUGCAGAGUUUGAACUAGAGAUGUCACUGAAAGACGCAACCAGUAAAAUCUUCUUGUACAAGGACGGUGUGAUGGUGCCUUUUGAUCCAGAGACCGAGAUUAAACACGGACUGAAACAAGUGGGAAAGAAGUUUGUGUUCAGUAUAAACGGAGUGAACCCUGAGGACGCAGGUCUGUACCAGGUGGUCGUGGAUGGAGUCAGUGUCUUCUCCACAGACUUGAAACUUCCAGGUGCGGAGUUUCUGGUGAAGAUAGAAGAUGUGAAAGCAGAGGAGCGAGAGGACGCCAUAUUUGAGUGUGUUCUUUCUCAGCCCUUUACAAAAGUGACCUGGAAAGGGAACAACAAACUCCUGGAACAAGGGGACAAGUUCGACAUCAUUGUGUCCGAAGACAUGCUGGUCCACUCGCUGCUGAUCAAAGACUGUUUCGCUCUGGACAAGGGAAUUUAUUCAGUUACGGCAGGGAAUGUGUCCUGCAACGCCUGGCUUGUAGUUGAAGUGGAUCCAGAUCCCAAUAAUCGCGGAAAGAAGAAGGCUCGCAAAACCACCCGUGCUGGAGGCGGCGGGGCUGAUCUCCUGAAGAUCGCACAAGAGCAGAAUGAAAAGGUUCUGGCAGAUAGGGAGGUGCUGAUCGCCAAAGCUAAGGCUGACGCUGAAGUAGCCGCCGCAGAAGCCGCCGCCGCUAAGGCUGAAAAGGACGCAGAGGCUAAGGCUAAGGCUGAAGCUAAAGCAAAGGCAAUAGCUGAGGCUAAGGCUAAAAAGGCUCAAGCUAAAGCUAAAGCCAAAGCUGAAGCUAAAGCUGCAGCCGGAGGAGAGCCAAAAGAGAAAAAACAAAAAACAAAAGAGAAGGCAAAAGGCGAAGCAGGUGAGGAGGUUGUGGAAGAGGAUUCUGAUGAUGUAGAUGAGGGAGAUGAGGAAUCAGAAGAAGAACUAGAAGAGGGAGAGGAACCAAAACCAAAAACAGAGCUGAAAGAGGGUGAGACUCCAGAGGCAGAGGCUGAAGAAGGAGAAGAAGCUCCAGUCAAGAAGAGGAAGAAGAAAAGAGCUGGCCCCUUGGUGCCUGAGACAGUUGUUGAGGUUGGAGUAUAUUUCACAAGUGGUUUGUCAGAUGUCACUGCGAUCAUUGGGACAGACGCUGAGCUGGUUUGCAAACUCAAUACUGAGGACUGUGACGGAGUCUGGUACAAAGAAGGAAUAGAAAUCACUCCCACAGAUGAUCUUUGUGUCGUUAAAGAAGGAAUGUUCCGCAAAAUUAUUGUAAAAAAUUGCAAAGAAGAAGACGCUGGAAAGUUCAAAUAUGAAGCUGAUGGCCGCAAAACUGAAGCAUUGCUCAAAGUUGAAGAUCCACCGCGAAUCAACGCUGAAGAACUCGAAGAGUACAAAAAGCCAGUGGCGAUCAAAACUGGGAAAGGAGCCUCUUUCCAAGUAUCCUUUGUCGGCAGACAGCCCAUGAAAAUUCAGUGGUUUCAAGAUGGAGAGGAGCUUAUGGAAGACUCACAAACGAAAAUUGAAAGAUCUGAGACACACACACGUCUUGUUUUAACAAAGUGCACUCGCAAAAUCUCAGGAGAAAUCAAAGUCAAGAUUAAGAAUGAAUGUGGAGUGACCGAAGCCGUCACAAACUUGCUUGUAUUGGAUAAGCCGACGCCUCCCUUGGGACCCGUUGAUAUCAUCGAGAGUUCAUCCACUCUCAUUGAGUUCAAAUGGAGGCCUCCCAAAGAUAAUGGUGGCGCUCCCAUCACAGAUUACAUCCUUGAGCGGCAGCAGAUUGGAAGAAACAGCUGGAAGAAGUUAGGAAAGAUUGGUCCUGAGCCCAAAUACAAAGACAGUGAUGUCGACCAUGGCAGGAAGUACUGCUACCACAUCAGGGCACAGACCGACCAGGGAGAAAGUGACAUGAUGGAGACGGAUGACAUUCAAGCUGGCACAAAGGCAUACCCUGGAGCUCCUUCCACACCAAAGAUCGAGAGUGCUUUUAAAGACUGCAUUAACCUCAUAUGGAAUGCACCAUCUAACACUGGAGGGACUGACCUGUUCGGAUACAAUGUGGAGAAACGCAAGAAUGGAAGUAAUAGAUGGGACCAAGUCAACCCCCCCAAUCAGUUCAUCAAAGAAAGAAAAUAUGGUGUGAAGGAUGUUGUGGAGGGCUUUCAAUAUGAAUUCCGCGUGUCUGCUGUGAAUAUUUCUGGAGCUGGAGAGCCAAGUUCACCCUCAGAGUUUGUUUUUGCAAGAGAUCCUAAAAAGCCUCCAGGAAAAGUCCUUGACCUGAGGGUGACGGACUCUACAUACACCACUCUUUCUCUGCAAUGGACGAAACCUAUAGAGGAUGAAGGGGUCCAAGAUGAAGCUAAAGGUUACUUUGUGGAGCUGAGACCUGCAGAGAACCCAGAGUGGGGCCGCUGUAACUCCAGUCCCAUUAUCAUCACCUCUUACACUAUAAUGGGCCUGAAGUCUAUGGCCAUGUACUGGGUCAGGGUAGUCGCCACGAAUGAAGGGGGAGAUGGAGAAGCACAGGAAUUGGAAAACUACAUCAUUGCAAUGCCGCCACCAGUGAGACCCCAGUUUACAGACCGAAAAAUGAACAAUUUUAUGGUCAUGAAAGCAGGGAAUUCUGUGCGAAUCAACUACAACUUUGUGGCCUCCCCUUUGCCCAAAAUUACUUGGCUCAAAGACAGCCUUCCUGUGGGUAAAAAUGUGACUGUGAGUAAUUCCGAUACAUCCUCCCAGUUAAUCAUUGCGUCAGCUGAACGUCACGACACUGGCAUUUACACCCUGCUACUAAAAAACCUUGUGGGCCAAGAAACCACCAGCGUAGAGAUCAGAGUAACAGAUGAACCAAAGCCUCCAGGCCCCGUGGAGCUGGAGGAGAAUGUGUCUGGAACAGUGACUGUGUCCUGGGCUGCCUCUCCGGACGAGAAGAAAGAUGACCGUCUGCAUUAUAUGAUCACUAAACGGGAUUCUGUGAAGCGCGCGUGGCAGAUUGUGGCAGAUCACCUCUUCAAUAACAAGUUCACAGUCAUUAACAUCAUGCCAGGAAGACAGUACUAUUUCAGGGUCUACGCUAAGAACGACAUGGGGGAGUCCAAACCCAGUGAGUCCCCGGUCUGGGAGGUCAAAAAGAAGAAGGAAAUCUUCUCCCUGAACUACGAGGAGUCUAAGGAUUGCAGUUUUGAGGCCCCUCCGGAGUUCACCGUCCCCCUGAAGACCCACCGCAGUCCAGAAAGCUACGAGUGCUACAUGAGCUGCGCGGUGACUGGGGACCCCAAACCCCACGUCACCUGGUACCGCAACAACAUCAGCCUCAACACCAACACCAACUACUUCAUCUCCAACACGUGCGGCGUCUGCUCCUUGGUCAUCCUCAAAGUCAGCUCCAAAGACAGCGGAGAGUAUACAGUCGUGGCAGAGAACGAUUUAGGCCAAGUGGAGUGCUCAACCAAACUUGUGGUUGAGGAUUGA